AUGGACGCAAUUGUUUCCUGCGCCCCCCCCCCUUUUACACUCACCAAACACCCCAGAAGCGCCCAACGAUGUGCUACAGCAACCAACAGGAGUACCUGCAGACCACCUCUUUUGCUUUCCUCACCGCUCUUCUUGCGCGUCUCGCCACAAUCGAAGCUGAGCUCAUCGCACGAGUUGUUCGCCAUGCCACCACCGCUGUCCUACCAUCACCAUCUCCACCAGCGGAAGCUGUCUCUUUCAUCACGUGAAGGCCAAAGCCUCUCCUCAGGCAGCAGUAAGCACCUGCCGGCACCAGUCCUGCAGUAUCAUAAGGGCAGGGAUAGGGAUGCUGGCGCUAGUAGCACGAAUGAUCUGCUCAGCCUUGUCAGUAAGAGAAGCGGCGUGGAGAGCCUCAGCUCCAGAGAGGCAAAGGCAUCAGGACUGCAACGGGCAGCGGCAACGACUGCCGUUCAGUCAUCCAUUCAGCCGCCCACAGCCGCUGCCACUGGAAUGGUUGAGAUAAUGGCUACAUACGACAACGAGGGCACCACAGAAGCCCAACCCUGCGAGUCUUUAGUCGUUGGCGUCCCCACCACGGCCGCGUCGCUCGAGUUGCUCUCUCCAGUGACCACUUCGGCAUCCCGGAAGUGCCUCUUGAAGUCGUUUAGCCGCACCGCAGCCAUGUCCGCUGAAAAGGGUCGCAUCUCGUCAGUUCCAGGGGCAGUGACAACCCUGGCCGAUGUCUAUCUCGAGCGUCAGGUGAGCUACCCGUACACGGGUGACGGUGCGAUGGCCACCUUCAACCCCGCCAACUCCCCGCCCGCAUCCCUCCCACACGUUGACUCGGCCGACCAAGACGGAUCAGCAGUCAUCUUUGCCGCAUCGCUGAUUCCUUUGCAAGCAAGCAAGCCCUCCCUCCUCAGGAACACGCCGAGAACAAGUCCGCUCCUUCAAGGGCGAUGUGAGCGAGCAGCAGGGCCGAUAACCUCGGCCAAGGCCUCCCAAGGGGCCACCUUCUCGCACCCCGCUGCUGAUGCUGUAGCUGCCGGUGCAGCCGUGUCCACGACAAGAACCACAGCUACCAAGGGCGUCGCAUCUUUCUCCGCUGCGCUCGCCACACACCCCGCCGACUACGCCAACAGAAUGAGGAGCAUGAAUGGCACUGUGAUCCGCGAGGCUAGUGGGGUGUCGGCCUUUACAAACGUACGCCAGCAGCAGCAGCAGUCGCCAUCCUCUGAGUUUUCGCGCAUGGCGGGUGGCAGGUGGUCCCAUGCGUCGUCGUCGCCGUACCCUUCUCGCACCUCUGAGUCUGUCGCCGAUGCUGCCACCCCGCACUCCAUGACUGCCACCGCACCGGGCUCGCCCCAGGGCUCCUCGAUGAAGCCGAGCACACUACGCCCAAGACCGAUAUCACUGUCGGCAGCUGUUUCGCGGGUCACCUCCAGCAUUGCCAACUCAGCCAGCGGCAGUGAUAGCAAUGAGGCAUCGCCUAGGCUGGUCAUCUCAGCUGUGUCUUCGUUGUUUGCGUCGGCCGUAGUGCCAGAUGCGUUGGCAGAGAAAAAGCACAACGCGGCUGACGAAUCUAUUGCUACUUGCUGCAGCGACGGUGCACUCUCGCAGCACCUCUUCCACCGCGCAACAUCAGGUGCCACCAUACCCGGCAGCCCUAGAUUAUUCCCGCCUGCGGCGGUGGCCACACGAGCCGGAGUGGUCAUGGACGCGGUGGGCUACCUGGAGUGCGAGCGCGACACACUGCGGCGUACACUCGCGCGGCUUUUCGCGGCCAUGCUUCUCCCCCACAUUUUCCUGUGGAACGCAGUCCCAGCACUGAUUCCGCAGGCGGCGGCCCCGCCACGUGGGCGCCUGUACGCUGUGGCGCACAGCCACCCCGAGGUUGCCUUGUUCGCGCUGGAGCUGUUCGUUGCUGGACUCAUCUGCUUGGGCAUCUUGCACUACCGUCAGAUGAUCGUUCUGCGGAGUUCUCAAGAACGCAACAACCGGCUCGUAGGCCUUCACACUAGCAGCGCAUCCCUCGCAGCUAAGGCCAAGAGCGCCUGCACCGGUUUGGCAUCCGUGGCAGCAGCUCAGACCGAUACAGUGUCGCCGCUGGUGUCGACUACAAAGACGAGCCUGCUCCUUUCGUCACCGCCGAGAAGGCCUGGUCUACGGCCGCUGCGCAGCUACGGCGGCCUUGGCAGAAACAGCAGCGCAGUGAGCAGCGCCCAUAGGCACCGCAUCCUCUCCCACUCCGCCAUGCAGCAGCAGCCGUUUCCGUCGGAGCCAUUGGCCAGCGUUCGGAGUUCCGCGACGAGGGCAACGCAAGCGGCAACCCCAGCGAGAACGAGACCUGGGCGAGACCUCGUGAAUCUCAGCCACUACCCUUCUGAGACUGACGGCAUGACGCACCGCUUAAUUGGCAGAAGCAGCAGCGGGGGGAUACUGAACGACCUCGUGCCUGUCGGUGGCGACAGUAGUGCAUCAUGGACAACGACCCGCUCUCAGUCAUCCUACACCCCCACACGGCUUACCCCACUGGCAGCAGGAACGACACUGCAUGACGUUAGCGAAGUGCAUGUGAAUGAAGCCCCCGCCUCCCCUGCUGCUGAUGGUGGUGCCAUCGAGACGUGGUCCAGUGCUGUUGAUGCGGAGGGGGGCACCCCUCGAAGGAGUCUGUUCCGCGACUAUCAUCAUUGCACCGCCCCGCCAAAUGUGCCUCGGUCACCACAACACUCACGGGAGCGGCUCAUCGCAAGCGGUGCUGGAUGCCCGGCACGUUCUCCAGCACCGCUGGCGCCGAGAACGUCGGGCUCACAUGCCUCUCCAUUCCUUACGCUCCCUUCGGUAGGGCACGCCCAACUGGCACUGUCUGGACUCGGGGACCGUGACUGCAGCCUGGCGAAGAGCACAAGCUGGGCGGUCGCGAAACAGUCAACCGCGGUGCUGUCCACUUCAGCAGCGAGUGUCACGCUCACUGACUCGCUUCUCCUGUCGUCCUUUGGAGCUGCUGCAGCUGUCUCUGCCUCCUCUUUCCCCUCCACCGCCACGUUGGGACGUGAUGACCGCGUGCCCACGAUGACGUAUUUCGGCUUCACCCUUGGGUUUUUGGUUUGCACAAGCCUCGCGACGUGGCGCCUCUCAGUGGACUACUACUUUGCGCUGUACAGCUUCAAGCUCGACACCAACGCCGCCCUGUGGUUCUGGUUGGUGCCGGUAAGCCUCUUAGGCAUCACCGCAUAUGUGGUCCUCUUGAUCGGCGGCCACACGCUGCGCUGGCGCGCUCUACGGCAGCUGCACGACAGUAACGACCGGUGGUGCAGGAAGGACGAUAAAGAGGGGCUAGAGGAGGCUGCCCGUCAGAUGACAGCGGCGGCUGCGACGCUAUCCAGACUUCACUGGAUCCCGUGGUGCCUGGCCUGCGUUCCGCACCCGCAUCCAGACGCCGCGCCGCUCCUGGAUGUGCCGGAGGUGGUCAUCACACAUCCAGAAGCGACGACGGUGCUGCCUGCGUUGGCCGACCGAUGCUCGAUGCUCAGUUCCUUCGAGGUCGACGUGCCUGACGCACCACCCCCUGCGGCGUUGCUCACACUCAUGGAAAGUAGCUUCUGCAAUGGCGACGACGAUGCAAUGUACGAUGAUGCGGUCAGCGUUGUGGAAUCUGCCCAGCUGCAGCACAGUGGCGUGUGGAAUAAGCUCAGCAAGGACAAGGAUGAAGAGGUCAUUGUUACGAGCGAUGAUGUGCAUGGGCUUGUAGGCAACAUCCUGCGAAUGAUGCGGGUGAAGAAGCGGAGGACGCCGGCAGCUGACACACCCAGUGAGGUGGUAAGCCUCUCAGCGACGAACGCCACCCUGAGCUCGUGCAACCCGCUGCUUCCGCAGCUACCAUACUGGUCCUCGUCGGGGGGGACUCCCACAGCUAAUGCGAGCCUCUCCGACACUGAGAUAGGCAGCCUCAGCCAUCGGAGCACAUCUAGCUGCUUUUCUCCACAGUCGCUGUGGAUGUUACGCCAGCGGCUUCAGCGCGUCCUCGCUGCAGUACACACCUUUGCCGUGCUGCACUCCUGCAUAAAGUAUGUCAGUCGCGUGCUUCACAUCCUCGACUUUCCCAUGCGGCUCCGGAGGUUGUGCGGCCUCACGCAUGAGUCCCGAGAAAAGCGGCGGAGGCGGCAACGCACACGCGGUGCCACGCUGUCGGCGUCGGCAGUGCGGCGGCGAUGGACGUCAUGGAGUGGCGAUCUGUACGGCUUGGAGCGCGUGCUGCCCUGGACGUACUUGAUCAUGCUCUUCUCCCUCUUCCAGGGGCUGUUGUCGGCCAUGUACUUCACCUGGUCGUGGCGCAGAAUCCUCCGCGAGGCGGCGACGGCAGCCAUGUACGCCACCGACACGGCGCGCGCCGUGACGCCGGUGCCGCCAUCCUAUGCAGUGCACGACUGCACCAAAAUGCAGUUAAGCGUGCGGCACGUGUUUUGGCUUAUUCCCCCCUUCUGCGCGGGUAGCGGCGUCAACGUCGUAUCACCGCAGCCGUCGACAAAUUGGUCCAUGGCGAAUCAGGUCGCACUGCUCUUCACACUUCUAGAUCAGCGCCAGUUCGAGGUGGCCUACCUCUACACGAGUGUCGCCCUCCCCAUCGGCCUCCUCCUCUCCAUGUAUCUCUUUCUGCUUGAAGUACGGGUUCAUGUUAAGUCUCGCCGUGUUCUACGGCUCCUCGUGCUGGCCAAGUCGCGGGUCGAGGCGAUGCGCAAGAUCCGUGACGCGGCAUUGUGA